ACCUCUUUCGUGAAGGCGAAAAGAUUGAGGAAUCGCCACUUAUCUAGUUCAUUUCCUGUCCUUCCCAAGGUAAAGAAAAGCAACAUAUUUGCAAUGUCGACACGCAAAAGUGCGCCCAGCGCCGUUCCCGAAUCUCCAUUGUCUUCGCCGAAGACCUCAAAACGGAACGCCAGUACACGCGAGAUUAAUGCAGCGCCACAGCCAAACUCACCGUCUAGAAGAUCGAAGCGCUUAAGGUCAGAUGUGCCGGAAGUUUCGAGCCUGUCUCAGGUUAACGGAGAAGUGGCUGAACCCAAACCGAAUAAGACGUUCACAGGUUUCGCGAACAAAGGUGAAAACAGGAUUUGAAGAAGAGUCGGAACUUUCGAUCAGCACCGAGUCUGAAAAGAACGGCGCAAUUAAGCAAGAGGUACCGGAAGUAGUAACAGCUAAGACAACGAAGAAAAGGAAGACAAAAGCAGAUAAAGAAGCGGAAGCCAUGCCAUUGCGACCUAGGACACAGGGACUGCGGAUGUUCGUGGGCGCUCAUGUUAGCGCAGCGAAAGGUGUCUUCAAUGCCGUGAAUAACAGUAUGCAGAUUGGCGGAAAUGCGUUUGCCCUUUUCCUCAAGUCACAGCGAAAGUGGGACAACCCUGCUUUGCAGGACGAUCACAGGGACCAAUUUUGCCAGUCUUGUUCGGAACAGGAAUACAACGCAGCCAAGCAUGUUCUCCCCCACGGCUCAUAUUUAGUCAAUUUGGCGCAAGAGGAUAAUGCCAAGGCCAAGCAGGCGUACAAUUCAUUCCUCGACGACCUCCAACGCUGCGAGGCACUUGGAAUCAACCUCUAUAAUUUCCACCCCGGCAGCGCUGGCCAGACUACCCUCCCCUCCGCCCUAACUCGCUUAGCGAAAGCCCUCACUAACGCCCUAGCCGCGACCUCGACUGUGACCCCCGUCCUAGAAACAAUGUGCGGUCAAGGAACUACAAUAGGUGGCUCCUUGAACGAGUUCCGGGACAUCAUAGCUCAGAUACCCAAAGAACAUCACUCCCGCAUCGGAAUCUGUAUUGAUACAUGUCAUAGCCACGCUGCCGGCUACGACCUUGCCUCGCCCACAGGGUUCAAGGCGUUUCUGAAGGAAUUUGAUGAGGUUAUUGGUCUACAAUUUCUCCGCGCCCUACAUCUGAACGAUUCUAAGACACCACGGGGCAGCCAUCGGGAUCUCCAUGCAAACAUAGGAACAGGCUUCCUGGGUCUUCGGGCUUUUCACAACAUUAUGAACGAGCCUACUUUUGAAGAUAUGCCAAUGAUCCUGGAGACCCCCAUCGACAGACCCGUAUCAAAUGCCUCAAGACCACCUACUACCGACACCUCCUCUGCAACUGCUGCACAUGAAGCCUGCGCAAGUGAAGAUUCAGAAUCCGAUCUCUCAGAACCCGAAAAACCGACCAAGAAGUCCAAGGCCAAGGCCAAAAAGCCUACAGCCCGCCUCAUUGCCGAUCCUAGUGUCUGGGCCAACGAGAUCUCACUUCUCGAAUCCCUUAUCGGGAUGGAUCCCGAGUCUCUCGAAUUCCGCUCUCUCGAGGCGAACUUGGCAGAUGAGGGGAGGGAGAUGCGGGAAAAGCACCAGGAACAACAUGAUCGGAAGGUAGAGGCGGAGGAGAAGAAGAAAAAGAAAGCGGCCGAGAAGGGGCAAAAGUCGUUGAUGGAUAUGAUGAAGGGCUCGUCGGCUGGGAAGGGAAAGAAGAAAACGGCGGAUCCAUGAUGAUAAUGGAAGAGAAGCUUGUGUACUAUGCCUAUGUUUAUAAAUUAUAGAUCAUCGCUCAAUGAGCGCGCAACCUCAGUGUUAUUCCGUGGUAGGUUGACUAUACGGUGGCAUAUACAGUAGCGGUUUUGCAUAAAGAUAGGGUUACGGUUUAUUAAGAAUGACAAAAUAGAGAGGACAAGGUCAUCUGUUGGUGACAACUAGAAAAGAAAAAAAAAAGGCGUUGUCUCCUGGAAAUCCAUUGGUGGUAUCAAUCGAAUGAGUAUCCCGCGCACAAACUAUGCAAUGUCUAUAUUGACAUGCUUUCCUUUACAUCACUCCAAACAUGCCAACAAAACCAAAUCCGCCAAGGAAGCAUUGAUCGGUAUCACAGAUAUCAAAAGAAGCGUGG